UUAAUGUAAUGAAAUCGAUAGCACCAAUGAGUGUCCACUCCUCAUUUAUAUCAGCGACAGAAUUCCCCACGCUCCCAUUUUAGCGUUUCUACUCCACUUUCCUUCAAAAGAUCGCCUCAAUUCUGAACUUUUAUUCUCUCGCUUUUUUCCUUUUCUAUGAUGGGGUAUCAAGCUUUGUGUUAGACCUCGAUUGAAGAGUAGAAACAACUUUCUUCUGUUCCCUCUUCUUCAUGUGCACCCCACGAAUCUGCAAAAGGCUUUUGUAUCUUUAUUGAUUUUUCUCUUUUCUUUUUCCUCUUCAGGUUUCUACAGAACCGAAUAGUUUCUGAUUCUCUGGCCUCCCGGCUUUGAGCUUAAUCUUUCCCUGCAGAUCCCGUGCGUGUUAUCUUAAGCCAUAAACCAAGAGCAAAACUCCAAUUACUCCAUUGAUAUUUCACUAGAGGAGCUGAUGUUAGUAACCAAGCAAUGCAGUUAUAUCAUCAUCCAUACUCAUUGGACAGCCAAAAGGUGAGGCUUGCCUUGGAAGAGCAAGGCAUUGAUUAUACGUCGUAUCAUGUCAAUCCUAUCACGGCCAAGAACAUGGACUCAUCAUUCUUCAAGAUGAAUCAAAGUGCAAAACUUCCCGUGUUUAAAAAUGGUUCGCACAUCAUUUUUGACACCAUCGAGAUAAUUCAGUAUAUAGAGAGAAUUGCAGUUGUUUCCUCAGGGACCAAUAAUAUAAUACUGAGCAGCGGAGAAGUUGUGGAAUUGAUGCAUAAGAUACAAGAAUGGAAUCCGAAAUUCUUUACGCUUGCCCACAUCCCCGAGAAGUACCGCCUUUCGGUUACAAAAUUUAUAAGGCGGGUGGUGAUUGCUCGGAUGGCUGAAACUCCCGAAAUGGCUGCUGCAUACCAUCGUAAGCUGCGAGAAGCGUACGAGACCGAAGACGAAUUGAAAAACAAAACUGUUGUCAAACAGAGCACUGAACAUCUAAUCAGACUUCUCGACGAAAUCGAAUUGAGACUAGGCGAGACUGCAUACUUGGCAGGGGAAGAGUUCACGAUGGCAGAUGCUGUGUUCAUCCCUGUGCUGGCUCGACUCGUGGUGUUGAAUGUAGCGGACGAGUAUAUAGGCAGCAGACCGAACAUCGGUGAGUAUUGGAUCUUGGUGCAGCAGAGGCCAAGCUAUAAGAAGGUGAUUGGGAAGUACUUCAAGGGGUGGAGAAAGCACAAAACUCUUCUGAAAACAUGGUUCUUUGUUCAUGUGAGAACCUUGCUGAGGAGAUAUUGAUGGAGAAAUAGUUAAUAAAGUCAUUACAAUUUUAUUUAUAUUUAUAUUUUGUAAAUGAGGGAGGAGUCAUAGGGGUAAAAAGGUCAAGUGUAUGUAUUUGUUUUGCCAUUUUUUACCUCCCUUUUUGUUAUUUGUGUGUUUAUUUUUCUUCCUUCUUGGACAGGGGAUUGGAGGUUGAAUCUUUGAUUUGGAUUAUUGUUAUGUGGUUUUCAAAUAAGUGGAAUGCUAUUACAUUUAAGGCAAUAUAACUUGGCUGAGAUACGUA